CUGGAAGGUACUGCGCUCCCAGCACGUGCAGCCGCAGGAGAAGGAUUUUUUGUUCUGUUUUUCUUCUCAGAAGGAAGAAUCAAACUUUGCUGCAAAGGACUGGUGUGAUGAAGCAGAUGAGUGGGGAGGCUGUGAUGGAGCAGAAUCUCCUGCAUGUGCCUCCCGUCAGCUGCUUGGCUUAAACGAAGUGGAGAGCAGCUCCUUGUCCAGAGAGGUGGAGUGUGCAUCCCAGUUCCAACAGCUUCGCUUGGCUGAAGCUGCAGAUGGGUCAGGUUCCCUGAAUGCACAUCCUCCAGCCAGAGGGGAAGUGGUGACAGCCUCAGCUGGCUCAGCUCCUGUGUUCCAGCCCUUCUACAUUAGUGUGGUGGAUGAGGAAGACUACGCUGGUUUCCUCGAUACCACUCACGCAGAUGAGCUGUUGAAGGAGUAUCAGCAGAGAGAGGGUGUUGAUUUGGAACAGCUGAUGUCAGAGAGUUUUACAGGUGAAGGUGAUAAUGAAAAAUAUGAGAAGGGUGAAGUCAAAGGCAGGGACCACACAUUUCAUAAAUUUAUGAAAAGAAUCUCUGUGUGUCCUGAACAGAUUCUAAGAUACUCUAGGGGUGGCCAGCCUUUAUUUAUAACAUGUCCUCCAGCCAACAUUGACAAAGAUAUUCCAGCCUGCAGUAACUGUGGAAGCAACAGAAUAUUUGAAUUUCAGCUCAUGCCAGCACUGGUCACCAUGCUCCAGAGUGAUUCAGAUCUGUCAGUGGAAUUUGGAACUGCUAUAGUUUACACAUGUGAGAGAAGCUGUUGGCCAACAAAUCAUCAAACCCCUCUUGAAGAAUUUAUUUUUGUACAAGAAGACCCAGAUCAGAGGUUAUUUAAAUAAAUUGCAUUUCUCUGCAUAGAU